GGAGCUUGCGCAUUACAGCUGGCAUGUAUGCAGGAGAAGUUGAAGUGCUGCAGAGAGGAACUGUUUGAAACAGGCAAGAGACUGAGUGAAACAGAAGAUGCUCUCAAGCGAUGUCAGUCAGAUGUUGAAGACAAAUGUGAAAUCAUACGUUCACUCAACUGUACAUUAGAGGAGCUGUCCUGUCGACUGCAUGAGAGGAAUGCUAGAGUGGAUGAACUGGAGAAGGCCAUAGAGAACUUGAAUAAAGACAUUGAGAAGAGAAUGAAGCGAGUCGAUGAACAGCUGAAGAAAUACGAGUGUGAGCUCUGUGACAAAGCCAAACAGAUUGCAGAUAUUGAUGACUGCCUGAGUCGCUGCCAACAUAACCUCAGUGAGAAGUGCAACGAAGCCUGUGUGUUGGAACAGAAGAACGCCCGCCUGGUCUCUGACUUGUGUGCCUGUAACGCCAAGCUGAAGGAGAGUGAAGAUACGAGAGAAUGCCUUGGCAAAGCACUGGGCGAUCAGCGAGCAGAAACAGCUGAAGUGUCUCAGGAGCUCAGAUCCACCAGGGAACAGCUGCAGCAGAAACAACAGGAGAUAAUGGACUGCCAGCAACAGCUGUGCUGCAACAACAGGGAGUGGGACAAGUGCAGACGGGAAUGUGAUGAGCUGAGAAACACACUGUCGCAACGAGAGAUGGAACUUGAGCACCUCAAUGAGGAGAAGAACUGCCUGGUCAGCAAAGUUGCCCAUCUGACGUGUCGUCUGGAGAGUGAGAUUUGCCAGCUGGAAAACCAGCAGGCAGAGAUGAAGUGCAGGUUGGAGAAAGAGAAUGAAGCUCUACGGAUCUACCAGACAGAACUGGAGGAGAACAACGCCUGCCUGGUGCAGAAGCUGGGCACCUGCCAGAGACAGCUCUCCCAGGUGGAGAAGUGCUGCACCCAGAAAAUCGACUGCAUGAACCGAGAGAUAGCGGAUCUGAUCAGUAAAGUUGCUGACCGUGACGAUCAGAUCACCCAGUGCAAAGAUUGCAUAGCGAUCAGGGACUCGGAGAUCAUGCGACUGAAGCUAAAGCUGUGCAACACAGACACAGUCUGCGGAGGCAACAUGACCUGCAACAACAGCAACUGUACAGACACCGGCUACGGCUACAGUGCUGACAACAGGUUUGAACCAGACGACAUCGGCAACCCAAUCCUGUUGACCUCCUCCCACCUGCAGGA